CUUAUGUAUAUGCUGAAUCUGAGCUACAUGAAAAAUGUCUCUUUUUUCUGCAUGUUGUGAUAUAAUUAUUUCAUCCCACAUUUUCUCUCAUUGAAUUGGAAAUAGUAUGCUAAGUUGCUUGUAACUCUGUGUCAUCUCUCCGUGGGGUUAUGGUUUAGUACACGUUUUGAUUUCGAUCAAUGGUUCAAGUGUCAAGUUUGAUUUGAUUCUUCAUGCUAUCCUUGUAGUUGGAUACGGUAGCCUACUGUUGAUAAUAUUUUGGUUUGAAUUUGAUGUUAUUGAUCAAUCAUUCAAAACAGAAAAACCGAGAAGAAGAUGGUGAAACUGGUUUGAAUUUAAGGUGUUUGAUGAAUAGUUCACACACUUCUUUUUCAAGUUCAAACGUGCCCACGUCUCAUAUUUGAAUUCAACACAUUGAUUAAAGAAACAUUAUCUUGAAUUCCUUUCUUGUGAAUGAAAAUGUCUCUUGGGACUUUUUUGUGUUACAUUUUAGUAGAUUCUUUCUCUUGAUGUAAAAGGGCUCUUGGUUUCUUUUCUUUUUCAUUUGGUUAGUCGUUUUAGCUAGCAGAAUCAAAGGUGCAAGAGGAACUUGAAGUGAUGGAACCCCAGGAUGAAGAAGAGAUCCAUAACUGUUUAAUCAAGCUGAGAAGUAAUCCUCGAAGGCGAAGGGAUAAGGUUUACAUUGGCUGUGGAGCAGGGUUUGGUGGUGACAGGCCUUUGGCUGCUCUUAAGCUGCUUCAAAGAGUUCAAGAACUAAAUUAUCUGGUUCUGGAAUGCCUGGCUGAGCGGACUCUCGUUGAUCGUUAUCAAAUCAUGAUGUCUGGUGGUGAUGGUUACGAUUCUCAGAUUUCUAACUGGAUGCGUAUGCUGCUGCCUCUGGCUUUGGAAAGAGGAACUUGCAUAAUUACCAAUAUGGGUGCAAUGGAUCCUCUGGGUGCUCAACACAAGGUCUUAGAAAUUGCUGAUAGCUUGGGUCUCAAUGUUUCUGUUGCUGUGGCUCAUGAGGUGUCUGUCACUAAUAUAGGUAUUUGGAUUUUCCUGUAA